AUGCUGAGCCGAACCAAAUGCCGUGUUUGGGCCUAUGACUUUUCUGUUGUCGACUUUGGCGAACAGCUUGAACCCACGAACCGCGACAGAGCAGCCUUCCUCCAGGCCGGUAUUGCAGGCAAGACAAACACGUCGAUGUCGCCUCCAUUCUACAGCAUCAGCGACUUGAUGGACAUGAAUGGCCACGAGUACAUUGACAUACUCAAGAUGGAUAUUGAGUUUUCAGAGUUCGAAGCCAUGGAAGGACUCCACGACGACUUCCCCUUUACGAUGGGCGAGCUCCCGAUCGGUCAAUUGAUGAUUGAGAUUCAUUUCUUCAACGGCAUGACCUCCUCUGGCUACCUCGAUUGGUGGGAACGCCUCGAGUCCCGUGGUCUACGCCCGACCUGGACCGAGCCCAACCUUCUUGCUGUCACCCUGAAUUUGGGCAACAAGGACCCGCUGCUCGCCGAGUACACCAUGGUCAACGUUCACGAUAGCAAGAAUGUUGUGUUUGGUGGAAGACUGUUGUAA